AUGCUAAAUGAUGAAAGUAAAUUGGAUGAAAGGAAUAAAGAGAGCCUGGCACCAGUAGACAAUUAUUAUAAGAACACCCCUGUGGUCUCCUCGAACCUUGAAAGUAAUAAAUGGAAACCUGAAGAAAAAGAUCUAAAAAAGAAGAUUAAAAAUAAAAAGUCCAACGUAAAAGCUUCACUAGAGGAAGUACUCACAGUGCAUGACACCUUACCCUGGAAAGUUAAUGAUAAUGAAUGCUAUGAAAAUGCAAUUGAAGUUAAAAAUGAUGAACAAAUUGUAGUUGAAAAUGAUGAACAAAUUGGUGUAGAAAAAGAUAGACAAAUUGGAAUUGGAAAAGACGAACAAAUCAGAAUCAAAAAGGAUGAACGCAUUGGAGCUGAGAAGGAUGAACAUAUUGGAGUUGAAAAUAAUGAACAAAGUGGAGUUGAAAAAGCUAAACACAUUGAAGUUGGAGGAGAUGAACGAAUUGGAGCCUGUGAUAAAUGGAAAGAAAAGGUAUAUGAGUUUAAAACAUGGAUGAACGAAAUAAAAAGGACAGUAAAGCGUGGCAAAACCUACCCGAAACCACAUGAUCAAGGACUAAAAGGCGACGAAAAAAGAGAAAUUACCGAAGUUACUGCAUGCAAAAGACAAGCAAUUUCACUGACCCCUGAAAUAACAACCCCAGUUUUGAAUGAUAGACCUAAAGAAAAGAAGAAACCGUAG